AUGACUCGAGGGUACGUCCUUACACUAGCCAUGAUCUACAAGAUCCUAGCUUAUAUCGUCGCACCGUUGCUCCUUUCCAGUUGUCUAGCCAAGAGCAAACUUUCCCUUUGGAUGGAUGAGAACCAAGUCGAACACUUAGUUGGGCUCCGGAUGAAAGUGUAUAUUGUCAGUGAUGGAACUUUUCCUCACUAUCUACGGACCCCAGGUAUUGACAAGGGAUUACAAUCAAUCCCCUCUGAGGUGGACACUGUAAACCUCACGUGGGAGGCUGGGGAUGAUACGUUUACUUAUUGGUUCAACGAUUUGAAGUCCUUGGACACGCGGCUACUGUACAAUCCACUUCUAAGCAUUCCACUUUCCGGUAUGAUUCCUCAUAGACCCAAAGUUUUCCAGAUGUCAAUACCUUGUACGGGGGAGGACGAAGGAACAGCAUCUCUAACGUUAGGACUCCAAAUAUUUAAUAAGCAUGGUCAGCCAAUCAGAGGAUCUCCUAUGCAGUUUAAACUCAAAAAGACAUGCUCUGCGUUUGUUUCUUCCAAACUUUGUCCAUUUGAGUGUUUAAACGGAGGACGAUGUAGCCAGUUUGGCCACUGUGAAUGUGCACAAGGCUAUCAUGGACUCAAAUGUGAAAGAACAAUGUGCCAGAACGGCUGUGACAACAAUGGUACCUGUAUGUCAGAAGAUGUAUGUAUCUGUCCCGACGGUUUCUCCGGCAAGCGUUGUGAACGGGCUCUGUGUAAACAACCCUGUCAAAAUGGAGGACGUUGUAUACUUGAAGAUGUGUGUUGGUGUACUAGCGGUUUCUACGGAGAGGCUUGCAGAUUCAGCAAAUGCAAACCCCAAUGCGAAAAUGGUGGCGUGUGUAUUGGGGUUAACGAGUGUCAAUGUCCGGCAGCGUUUAAGGGUGAUUUGUGUGAAAAACGUAGAUGUAAGCCAACGUGUCGACACGGUGGUUUAUGUAUAGGAGACAACAGAUGUCGGUGCCCAGUUGGAUUCUCAGGCAGUGUGUGUGAAAAACGUGAAAAACGGGAUAAGAGAAGUAACAAAAACAAAAGGAAAAGGAAAAACAGGAAAAAGGGACGGAGGAAAAAGAAAAAUCAGAAAAAACGACGACGACAGAGAAAGAUAAAAAGACGAAAGGGAAAGGCAAAGAAAAAUAGACGGAAGCAACCAUUAUUAGAACAAGUGCGUGCUUUUUAUAGAAGAAAAAAGAAGCGCGAAAGACGGGAGAGAUUGCGGAAAGAAGGAAAUAGAAAUCGAAAGAAGCAGUUUGUACGGUGA